AUGGCUGUUUCUUGCUUGGUCUAUAGGCUAGACCUCUACCACUCCUUCCUGCACCUGACGCUCGGCCUCGCCGACCGCGCGCAGUCCCACCUUCGCCGCCUGGGCUCGCGGUGCCAGUCUGACGCCGAGCGCACCGCCUGGCUCGACUGCUGGCGCCUCUACAGCAACGCCGCCCUCCAGCUGAACCGCACCCUCUCCCGCGCCUGCUCCCCCCUCGACUCCCAGACCUGGCUCUCCGCCGCCCUCACCAACCUCCACACCUGCCGCCACGGCUUCGCCGAGCUCGGCGCCUCCCCCGCCCUCAUCCGCCCCGUCAUCCAAUACAACCUCUCCGACCUCAUCAGCAAUCUCCUCGCCGUCAACAAUGCAACCCCCGCCACCGCCGCCACCCCCGCCACCCCCGGCUGGAUGAUGACGCUCUCGCAUCAACGCCGCCUUCUGCAGCUCGCAUCGUCGCGCCCCGACCUCGUAGUCGCGCAGGACGGCUCCGGAAACUUCCGGACGAUCAAGGACGCGCUCAACGCCGCCGCCGCCGCUAAGCAGAGCGGUCGCCGCGGGAGCGGCACGUUCGUAAUCUACGUGAAAGCCGGGGCGUACAGCGAAAAUCUAAACGUCGUUAGCGGCUUGAGCAACCUCACCCUCAUCGGCGACGGCAUCGGCAGGACCGUCAUCACCGGUAGCCGGAGCGUCGCCAAUGGCUUCACCACCUUUAGCUCCCCAACAUUUAGCGUGUUCGCCGACGGAUUCAUGGCGACCGGAAUCACGUUCCGAAACACGUUCGGGCCGGGCUCGCAGGCCGUCGCGCUGCUCUCGGCGUCGGACCGCUCCGUUUUCUACCGGUGCAGCUUCGAGGGCUACCAGGACACGCUCUGCGUCUUCUCGCAGCGUCAGUUCUACCGCGAAUGCGACGUCUACGGGACGAUCGACUUCAUUUUCGGCAACGCGGCUGCGGUUUUCCAGAACUGCAACAUCUUCGUGCGGCGGCCGAGGGCCGGCGAGUCGAACGUGAUCACCGCGCAGGGCCGCAGCGACCCGAACCAGAACACGGGGAUCGUCGUCCAGUCGUCGGCAAUCCGUGCCGCGCCAGAGUUCGUGCCGGUGGAGCGGGCGGUGCGGUCGUACCUCGGCCGGCCGUGGAUGCAGUACUCGCGGACGAUCUUCGUGCGGAGCUACAUCGACUCGAUCAUCGACCCGGCCGGGUGGUUGCCGUUCAACGGGAACUUCGCGCUGAGCACGCUGUACUACGCCGAGUUCCGGAACACGGGGCCGGGGUCGAGGCUCUCCGGCCGGGUCAGGUGGCCGGGUUAUCAUCUCAUUGCGCGGGCAUCGACGAUCAAGGAGUUUAGCGCCGGCCGAUUUAUCGCCGGCAGGACGUGGAUACCGUCCACCGGAGUGCCAUUUAGCUCAGGAUUUUAA